GGGCGCGGGCCGGCGGGCGGGGAGCGUGCCCAGCGUCCGAGCCGAGGGCCGGGCCCUGAACGCCGCGCGGGCCGUGCGCUUUCGCCGCGCACCAUGGCGGAGACCAAGAUCAUCUACCACAUGGACGAGGAGGAGACGCCGUACCUGGUCAAGCUACCCGUGGCCCCGGAGCGCGUCACGCUGGCCGAUUUCAAGAACGUGCUCAGCAACCGGCCCGUGCACGCCUACAAAUUCUUCUUCAAGUCCAUGGACCAGGACUUCGGGGUGGUGAAGGAGGAGAUAUUUGAUGACAACGCCAAGCUUCCCUGCUUCAAUGGCCGUGUGGUCUCCUGGCUGGUCCUGGCCGAGGGGGCUCACUCAGACGCAGGGUCCCAGGGCACCGACAGCCACACGGACCUGCCCCCAGCCCUUGAGCGGACAGGUGGCAUUGGGGACUCCCGGCCGCCUUCCUUCCACCCAAACGUGGCCCACAGCCGCGAUGGGAUGGACAACGAGACUGGUACAGAGUCUGUGAUCAGCCACCGGAGGGAGCGAGCCCGGCGUCGGAACCGUGAGGAGGCCACGCGCACCAAUGGGCACCUGAGGGGGGACCGGCGGCGGGACCUGGGGCUGCCCCCGGAUAGCACGUCCACUGUGCUGAGCAGCGAACUGGAGUCCAGCAGCUUCAUUGACUCAGAUGAGGAGGACAACACAAGCCGGCUGAGCAGCUCCACUGAGCAGAGCACCUCUUCUCGGCUUAUCCGAAAGCACAAGCGCCGGCGCCGGAAGCAGCGCCUGCGGCAGGCAGACCGGGCCUCCUCCUUCAGCAGCAUCACCGACUCCACCAUGUCUCUGAACAUCAUCACUGUCACGCUCAACAUGGAGAGGCAUCACUUCCUGGGCAUCAGCAUCGUGGGCCAGAGCAACGACCGCGGCGACGGUGGGAUCUACAUCGGUUCCAUCAUGAAGGGCGGGGCUGUGGCUGCUGAUGGCCGCAUCGAGCCUGGCGACAUGUUGCUGCAGGUGAAUGACGUGAACUUUGAGAACAUGAGCAAUGAUGAUGCUGUGCGGGUGCUCCGGGAGAUCGUGUCCCAGACAGGGCCCAUCAGCCUUACUGUGGCCAAGUGCUGGGACCCGACCCCCCGGAGCUACUUCACCAUCCCAAGGGCUGACCCUGUGCGGCCCAUCGACCCAGCCGCAUGGCUGUCUCACACAGCGGCGCUGACGGGUGCCCUGCCCCGCUAUGGUACGAGUCCCUGCUCCAGCGCUGUCACACGCUCCAGCUCCUCCUCACUAACCAGCUCAGUGCCUGGUGCUCCACAGCUGGAAGAAGCACCACUGACGGUGAAGAGUGACAUGAGCGCCAUUGCCCGGGUCAUGCAGCUGCCAGACUCUGGGCUGGAGAUCCGUGACCGCAUGUGGCUCAAGAUUACCAUUGCCAGUGCUGUCAUUGGGGCGGAUGUGGUAGACUGGCUGUACACGCAUGUAGAGGGCUUCCGGGAGCGGCGCGAGGCCAGGAAGUAUGCUGGCAGCAUGCUGAGGCGCGGCUUCCUGCGGCACACGGUGAACAAGAUUACCUUCUCUGAGCAGUGCUACUACGUCUUUGGGGACCUGUGCAGUGAUCUCGCAGCCCUGAAUCUCCACAGUGGCUCCAGUGGAGCCUCGGAUCAGGACACCCUGGCCCCGCUGCCCCACCCAGCCACCGCCUGGCCACUAGGCCAGGGCUACCCAUACCAGUACUCUGGGCCCCCACCCUGCUUCCCGCCCGCCUACCAGGACCCCGGCUUCAGCUAUGGCAGUGGCAGCGCUGGGAGCCAGCAGAGUGAAGGGAGCAAAAGCAGCGGGUCCACCCGGAGCAGCCGCCGGGCCCCAGGCCGAGAGAAGGAGCGUCGGGCGGCUGGAGCUGGGGGCGGGGGCAGCAGCAGCGAGUCAGACCCUGCAGCACCCAGCGGACUAGGCAGCACCAGCUGGCGGGAGCGUCCUGUCAGCCAGCUCAGCCGGGGCAGCAGCCCACUUAGCCAGGCCUCAGCUGUUGCUCCGGGGCUCCCUCCGCUGCACCCCCCAACAAAGGCCUACACAGUGGUGGGUGGGCCCCCUGGGGGCCCACCUGUCCGGGAGCUGGCUGCCAUCCCCCCAGAAUUGACUGGUAGUCGCCAGUCUUUCCAGAAGGCCAUGGGGAACCCCUGUGAGUUCUUUGUGGACAUCAUGUAACUGGCAGCCAGUGCCUUCAACCCUAUCCAAGGCAGGCACUCCAACCUGCCGCACUGGGAGCCAGUGGGCUUUCCUUAGUGGUGGCCAGCUGGGGAUGGGCCAGCCCAGCUGGGGCUCUGGGCCCAGUAGGCAGCGAGUAUAGGCUGGAGGUCAGGGGUGAGGGCAGCCGCCUCCUCCUGGGCCCCAUACAGUGAGCAGCUGUGUCCCUGCACACUGUUUGGGAGGAGCCAUCCUUUCGUUAGGCAAGUCUGAUCUGCCUGAGCAUGUGGCUCUGGGAACCUCCCUUGGAGGACACUCUUGGGCGCUCUGUGUUGACCCCAGAGCGAUGCAGGGGGUGUCUCCUGAAGCCCCUCCUCAGCCGGCUCCCUGGCCCUGCCCGUCACACCCAGGCGGUGGUGUGCCCAGGCCCCUCUGGUCACCCAAGAGUGGGAUCUAACUUAUUUAUUUAUUGCCUGCCUGUUGUGGGGGUGGCAGCUGGGCAGGUGUUCCCGCCCCACACAACAAGGGCGCUCUGCAUGUUCCCGCAGUACUCUGGGACUCAGUAGGUGUAAGGAGCACAGUUCAGGGUGGAAGGUGGGGAGCAGGGAGGGGCCUCGUGUAAUGUACAGGGUCUUGCUGGAGGCAGAUGGGGUCUUGAGAAGAAAGGAGCCAGCCUGGCCUGGCCUUGCUGUCCUUGGGCCACCCACCUGCUGCCCACUGGCUUCUUGGCACACCUGGCCUUGGCACACCUGGCCUCUGCACACCUGCGCUGUAGAUACUGUCAAAGUCCAAGCAUCUGGGUAGUUCACUAGAGCUGCUUCUGUGUAAAUGCUAUUUUAAACACUAAAAAGCGUUUAAUUUUA